AUGGCAGUGAACUGCACCACCGCCCUCGUGACCACUGAAAGCGGCAGUGGCACAAGGAACGAUCCGAUGGCCAUACUAUGGCAGCAUGAGCGGCACGUGCUGGUGUUCACGCGUGCCGGCAAGCCCGUCUUUUCUCAGCAUGGCGGCGAAGAGCAGCUCAGUCCAUUGUGUGCCCUCCUUCAGGUGCUGCUGCACAUCCAGGAAGGCGAGGAGGGCGGCAGUGAGCAACGCGGGAGGCUGUCCCAGCCUGCGCCCAGGUCAGAUGGCGCCGCCUUCUCCGUGUCCGUUAAAGAUGAGGUGCGCCAGGUCGUCUACUAUCAGUCACGACCGACGCCAGGUCAGAUUAGUCAUCAAGGUGAUGUAAGCGGGCAAGUCCAGGCCCUGACGUUCUUCUUCUACAUUCAGGGUGAGCUGAUGUACGUUAUGGCAGUGCGCAGCGUGGACUCGUCACCGUCAGCAGGCACCGUAGAGAUGUCAAGAGCUCAGGGAGACUGCAAACCACCACCAGUGGCCAGCUACUGCCAGGCGCAGCUGCGGCACGUCCACCACUGCAUUCUCCUCGUGCUUCCUACUAUCAAUGACCUGCUGACAAGGUCGCCCGGACUGGACGUCAUGGCUACGUACACGUCGGCCGACCGCGCGGCGCUUCGGGAGCUCAUCGAGUCCUACCAGACCGAGCUGACUUACGCUGUUGGUGCGGUGGCCACGCUAGCCCUCAGCGUAGAGAAGCGUCGAGUGGUGGAAGAAGCGCUGCUACGCUGUUACCGUAGCUGCGCCGACGCCGCAGUCGGGCCGCCAGCGCACCAGUUGUUCAGCUUCCUGUACUUUAAAAACUAUCUUGUGGCGGCCGUCGGACCCCCUGAGACGUACACUGUGGACUCCAACGUCGACGUGUCCGCACCCCUUGCGCUGGGUCCCGACACUGCACUUUGCGGCGGUCUGCAUGUCGACGACACUCUUCUUCUCUACCGCUACGCGCGCUCGCUGGUCUCACGGCAGUCGGGUGAGGCAUGGGUGCCGGUGUGCCUGCCACGCUUCAACAGCACCGGCUACCUCUGGUGUUACGCCGUCAACUUAACUCACUACGCGCGGGAGCUCCGUCAGCAGCAAGGCCUGACAGUGUGGCCGAAGGUGUGGGAGGCACACGCGGAGCUGGAUGUACUGCUGCUGCACGUGUCUGCCUCACAGGACGACUUCACGGCGCUUUCUCGCAGCACCCGGCGCUUCACACAGCUUCUUUACGCGCCAGCAGUGGGGGACAACUUCUUCUACCGCUUGGAAGAGGAGCUCUACCACCGCACACCGGCCCCCUUGACGGAACUCUUGUCCUUGUCCCGCGUGUCUUUUUCUACCUGCUCCUCGUAUGAUGUGUCUGGCCGCACUGGCGGAGUGCCCCUAUGGUACGGUGUGGUGAUCCAAGACAGCGACGCAGCCUUCCUCAACGCUGCUCAAGGCAAAUAUGCCAAAGCAACGACGUGGGCGGCAACAGCAACCAAGCGCACGCUUGACUGCCCCUCAGCGAGCAUUCGGCUGCUCUUUGAGAGUCAGCCGUCACCGUGGCUCGACCUCACUACCGUGGAAGAUGGCAAGGAGUUCCGGCAGCUUCUCUCACGCUACCAGGAGCAACUGCGAGCGGCCCCCGCUUCCACUGCGGCUCCUUGCAUGCUGUUUGUGCGCCACAACAAUGCCAUCGCCUUUGCACUGAUUCAGCCGACUCCAGCCACCCUGGCGACGCUGGCGAGCCACUUCUUUUCACCGAAGAACCCAUUCGGUGUGCCGAGCGAUGGCGGUAUUGCUGGAUGCGAUGCUGAAGAGGUUUGUCACGAGGACCGAGGCCGCGCGGCUGCCGCCUCUCACUGCGGCGUCUCUUACUCUUUCUGGGUAGAUGCUGUUCGUGCUCUUGGGGUAACAGAGCUCAUGGUGGUCUUUGCGGCUGCCACACCGGAGGCGAUGGCGUGGUAUUGGGUGGCACACCUCUUAUUUAUGGCGGUGCAGCGGCGCGGCCGCUUCGUUGUCCGUCAGCUAAUCGGUGGUCGUCGGUGA